AUGUGGGGGUUCGGGCUUCUGCGGUCGCCGCCUCUGCUGCUCCUGCUGCCGAAGCUCGGGCUCGGGCUCGCUGCCUGCCGCUCGCAGGCCGGAACCAUGGACUUGGGCGGCUGCGGCUCCGCGCGGAGCUCGCCGGCGGCCGAGGGGCGCCCCCGGUGCCUGCAGCUGUCCGCGGUGCCGGGCUCCGACCCGCAGCGCAGCAACGAGCUGCUGCUCCUGGUGGCGGAGGAGCUGGAACGGCGCGAUCUCUCGGGGGACCGGGCUCAGGAGGAGCCGCAGCCGUCGCCCCAGCAUCACGUCGUCUACUUCCCCGGGGAUGUGCAGAAUUAUCAUGAAAUUAUGACUCACCAUCCUGAGAAUUAUCAGUGGGAAAACUGGAGUCUAGAAAAUGUUGCCACCAUUUUAGCCCACCGAUUUCCCAAUAGUUAUAUUUGGGUGGUAAAAUGUUCCCGAAUGCAUUUGCACAAAUUCAGCUGCUAUGACAAUUUUGUGAAAAGUAAUAUGUUUGGUGCUCCAGAACACAAUACUGACUUUGGAGCUUUUAAGCAUCUUUAUACAUUAUUAGUUAAUGCUUUUAACUUAUGUCAGAACAGUUUGCUAUUAAAGAAGAAUGUGAAAGACUUGAAUAAGGAUUCCAAAGCAUCCAAUUGUAGAUCCAGUUCUUCUCAUACUAAUGGUUGCCAGGGAGAAAAAGAGAGCCCCUGUGAAAACUAUGAUGAGUCUGCACUGAGUUUUUAUCCACCAUCACUAAAUGGUGCUUCUUUUACUUUGAUUGGAUUCAGCAAAGGUUGUGUUGUUUUGAAUCAGUUGCUUUUUGAAUUAAAAGAAGCUAAGAAAGACAAGAACAUAGAAGCUUUUAUCAACAGCAUAAGAACAAUGUACUGGCUGGAUGGUGGACAUUCUGGAGGAAGUAAUACUUGGAUUACUUACCCAGAAGUCUUGAAAGAAUUUGCACAAACAGGGAUUAUUGUUCACACCCAUGUAACACCUUACCAAGUACGUGAUCCAAUGAGAUCUUGGAUUGGAAAGGAGCACAAGAAAUUUGUUCAGAUACUUGGAGAUUUUGGUAUGCAGGUGACUAGCCAAAUUCACUUUGUAAAGGAAGCUCCUUCCUUAGAGAAUCACUUCAGGGUUCAUGAAGUAUUUUGA